UCGCUGACUCCACAAUGUCCACUGCCGGAUGAUCCCAAUCACGUGGUAAUGCUGCCAUAUGCCAACGACUGUCGCAAAUACUACAGCUGCCAUAACGGGCAGGCCUAUGAACACCAGUGUCCAGCAAACUUGUACUGGAGCCAAGUGACCUAUCGCUGCGACCACAAGGAGUACUCCAACUGCCAGCCCAACGAACCUAACAAUCCUAUCAAUCCUCUCAAUCCUGUUCCUUCAGUGCAAUACAGCUCAUUUCCCGGAGACUGCAGUCGCUUCUAUAUGACAAAUGUCCUUCGCUGUAAAGGCAACCUUCAAUGGAGUGACCAAUAUCAAAGUUGUGUAGCCCCUCAGCUUUCCAACUGUGCUACCAUAGCUCCAGGUUAUCCAGUAGCUCCUGGAACUCCAACGUGGCCAAAUGGUCCUACUGCUUCUACUCCACCUCCUUUUGACGGGACUAUGGCGGAUCCCAGCUUCCUGCCGAUUGAUCCAAAUGCUUUGUGUGGAAAUACUUUGACCAAUGCCUACAUUCCAUAUCCUGGCGACUGUAAUAAGUUUAUCCAUUGUGGACCAACUGCAACAGUGCUCACUUGCCCCGCUAAUUUGUUUUGGUCUCCCAGUACCCUAUCGUGCAGUCUAUCGAGCGCUGACUGCCAGUUCCGCAAGUAA